AUGAACUGUAUAGGAACAUUCACUUCACAGCUGCGACACGAGGACAAGACAACUACAGAAGAAAUAUUCGUCGUUAAAGGACUCGAAAGAUCAUUAUUAGGAAGACAAGCAGCCCACAGUCUGAAUUUUCUCAACUGUGUCGACGCUCUAAACAGCAACGAAAUGAAAGAAAGCGUCAAAGAAAAGUAUCCCAAUCUUUUCACUGGUCUUGGACAAAUUAAAGACCAAGAGUAUGAUAUUAAAGUCUCGCACGAAGCAACACCUUUUGCAAUCACGGUUCCACGACAAGUUCCGAUACCACUUCGAAAAGAAACCGAACGGGAAUUACAAAGAAUGGAACGCAACGGAGUAAUAUCUCGAGUUGAAGAUCCAACCGAAUGGUGCGCCCCGAUGGUUAUAACGCCAAAAAGCAAUGGAGAAGUUCGAGUAUGCGUAGAUCUCACAAAGCUUAAUCAGUUCGUGCAACGUGAAAACCACCCCCUACCAACAACCGACACGACAUUUGCAAACCUUGCUGGAGCUCGGUAUUUUACAAAGUUAGACGCCAACUCUGGAUUUUGGCAAAUCAAGCUCUCGGAAAGAUCAAAACCUCUAACAACGUUCAUAACACCUUGGGGACGGUACUGUUUCAACGUUCUUCCUUUCGGAAUAAGUUCAGGGUCUGAAAAGUUUCAGAAAUGUAUGUGCCAAAUUCUCGAAGGUUUGGAUGGCGUCGAAUGCAACAUCGAUGAUGUUCUAGUUCACGAUGCAACACAAGAAGAACACGACCGAAGAUUGGAAGCGGUUCUCCAACGACUCGGUAACGCCAACGUCACGCUAAAUGCCGAAAAGUGUGUUUUCAACGUCUCGAUUGUGAAAUUCCUAGGUCAGAUCGUGGGAGCCGAUGGCAUCAAACUCGAUCGAGAGAAAAUACAAGCGAUUCUCGAAUGCCACACCCAACCAACCUACAUGAAGUCCGUUCCUUUCUUGGAAUGGUAA